GAAUGAUGGAGAACAAGGGAUGCAGCCAACAUCACUGAGCCAGAGCAAUGGAGUUCCACCUGAAACAAACCAAGUUUCUGGCCCAGAAGUACCUGGAUGGCAGCCAGAAAAGGAAACCCAAGAUGCCAUUACUCUACAAGAGAUAUUCACAACCCUACAGGGCUCACCAGGGCAGAGAAACAUCGCCGCUUUUCCCUGACAUUCAUUCUGGAAGACAGAGAAAAUCUCAGACUCCGGAAGGCCGGCUGCAGCUCCUAGGGAAUGUGGACAGUCCUGGACCAGCAGCUUACCCACCUCCCACCACCAACUAUAGGGAAAGCAGUGCUCCGUCCUACACCUUUGGAUGGAAAACCCCUCCUAAAGAUGGUGGCGGGCGCCGAUCCUGGCAGAAAUCCUGGUUCCAGAGCAAGAACCCUUUCAUCAGGAAAGCAGACUUUACUACUGAAACAAAUUGGCCCUCUCCUUUUGACUAUGGACAUCCCCUGGGAUCCAUGCUUGUCAACCGAUCCAACAGUCCAAAUUUUAGCAUGGGUCAGAAGAGAGAGUUCACUUUCGUCAACAAAAAUACUGUGAAUGACCCAGCACCCAACAAGUAUAACACUGACCAUGCCUACAAGCAGGUGCUCUUCCGGUCACCCUCCUUCAUUAUCGGUCCUGCCCCACAGCAUGUGUAUCGAUGGGCCAAAAAAGAAGACACCCCUGGCCCUGGCGCUUACAAUGUGGAGAAAGGAUACACCGCACGGCUGCCCAAUUCCCCAAGCUUCUACAUCCAAGGCGUCAGACGACCCAAGAAGCAUGAGACGGGGCCGUUUUCAACAGUGUGAGGCUACAGCUGUAACGGAACAGAGCGCAGUCAGACCCACAGCUCUGUUCCCAACACACUGUACUCAAGGCUGCUGUUGCAACUAAUACAGGCCGACAUGUGUUCAAAGACAGAGCGAUCUUUACCUUAUCCAUCUGGGUCUUGGCUUGACCCACUUUACUAUGAAAAAAAUAAAGGUCUUAGGAAAAUACCUGGA